AUGAGCCGGAAAUCUCUCAGGCUCGGAUGCCAAUGCAAUGUCCUUGCGACCACCGCUGACAUCGCGCUCGGCCGCGCCGUCAUCGUUCGGGCUUGUUUUGCCUCAUGGCCAGGCGCCAACGGCGCUGCUUACGGCAAUGGUUACGACUACGACGGCAGGAUCCCUCCCCAGCCAAAGUACAUCGCCUUCCCAGUGCCAACACCCCCCAUCGAUGCACAGUUUCUUCCAAGCAGUGCGCUCCGUAGCCCACCGCCACAGUACUAUCAACAGCAGCCACCGCCGUACUAUCCGCCCGUGCCCCACCCCUCUGCGCAGCAGCCGGUGGGAGUGUUUUGGGACAUUGAAAACUCGUCGAUUCCAAAGGGCGCCAGAGUCGGAGCGGUGGUGCGGAGGAUCCGGGCGGUGGCGCAGCAAUUCGGGCGCGUGCGAAGCCUGAAGGCAUACGGCAAACUAGACGUGAUAGAGCACUACAUCGAUGACCUAGUGGCGGCGGGCGUGGAGGUGCUGCCGGUGCCGGACGGCAAAGAGAUGGCGGACAAGGCCAUCAUCACGGACGCCCUUCUCUUUGCGCUCGACAGCAUUGACCAGCCGGGGGGGGCUACACAACGUGGGGCGGUGAUCAUUGCCUCCGGUGACAAGGGCUUUGCAUCGGUCCUGGGAAAGUUGAGCGCGAGGGGCAUCCAGACGGUGAUGCUGGCUCGCAGGCGCACUCAGCGAGGAGGCCGCAUCCCCACCGUGAUCACCAACUCGGUGGACUACACUUACGACUGGGAAGACCUAGUUCCCGACGGCCUUCGGGAUCUUAGUCAGGAGCCGGGCCCCGCUCCGCCCCCUCCCAGAGCAGUCUCGCCACCCCCCCAGCCAACAGCGAAGGCAAAGAGCAGCGCCGUUGCCAAUCAGAGCAGUGACCUGGGGCCCCCGCCGAUGUGGAAGCCCCUCAGUGCACAGGAUCCGACAAACGGGAAAAGCAAGAAGAAGUCGGCGGCGAAAGUCGAGGCCGCUCCCGUCGAGCCACCGCCCAAAAAAGCGACGGCCAAAGAAACGAGCGGCAAGGAACCAUCUCCGAACGGCGCAAAAGGCCCUGUUCCGUCGAAAUACAUCCUCGAGAAGCUCAGAGGUCUCUCUGAGCAGGCAUUGACCAGUGCCCCGGACAAGGCCUCUUCUCCAGAGCCGGAGAAGAAGCGAACUCCAAUACCCACGGCGGUCGAAAGCGACAGUGUCGAGGAGGACGAGUCUAGCGACGAGGCAGACGAGUUUGACACCAUGGAACCGCUCACGGAGAUCCGGGGAGCGCCGAUUGGCGAGUCGGGGGUGGGGCGGUUGGGCUGGCCGAACUGGAAGACAUCACUGCAACAGGAGUCGAAACGGAAACCGCAGACGAAAAGCCCGCCCCCGCCGAAACCGCAACCGCCGCCGAAGCCGCAGGCAGCCACCCCUCCGACACGGGAGACCGUCGUUUGGAACCCGCUAGAGGACCCCCCGGAAGCAAUUCCAAAAGCAGAGGAAGCCGAACCUCCGACGACGCCGUUCGCAUACCUUCCCCUAGCUGAGAAGAUGCUGAGCGAACGGACCCCCCUGAAAGGAAGCGAAGUUGCGGAUAAGGCGCUUGAGCUUCUGCAGAGUGCGCUUCGAGAUCAGGAAAAGGCUCUCGUUACCGGAACAGGGGGGGCGGCUGGAAAGGGGUUAGGAGCAGGGGCUAAGGUUGACCCGGAAGCGCGGCAGAAGUCUGCGGAGCUGCUGGCGGCGGCGCGGGAAAAGAUGAUGAAAGUGUCAGCGGAGCGGAGCAGAAAGAAAGGAGAGACCGAGGCUGGAGACACUUCAUCAAGUAAGUCGGCUGGCGUCAGUGGCUCUUCCAACGUUCCGGACAGCGCCAAGCCAGGACCGCCAAUGCCACCGGACGUGGCAGAUGACGUCACAACGGAGCGUUCGAAGGUGACGGACGCCUCUCUGACGCUAGCCGCCGAGAUCGGCUUCUCGCAAGAGCAAAUGGCGCGCAUGAUCCAGGCCGCCGUAUCGACGAAACCCGGUGACGUCAGCGGAUAUGGUGAAACGACGCCAGAAGCUUCCGGAGGGCCGGGCGAUGACAUCACGCCCGAGGCGGCAUCCGAAAAGGGCGCGGGUGAGGAGGCGGGGCAGCCGGGCAGCAAAGGGCGACCGUCGGAUGACGUCAGUGCGGGCGGUGCUGAGGUCAGGCUGGUGCGGCUUAAGAACCAGCUGCGGCUGACGCUCUACCAGGAGGGCCCGUGCGCGUUUGCGUCGCUGCCGGGCAAGUAUGCCAAGGUGGUGGGGCACCCGCUGAAGCUGGCGGAGUUUGGGUUGAAAAAACUGCAGGACCUCGCGAGCUUCGAUGACGUCAUGAGCGUGUCGAUCGACUUCCCGGACGGCUCCAAGGCGACGGCGGAGGAGCGCGAGGCGGCCGCCAAAGAGCGCCAGGCCUUCCUGCGCGACACGCCCCGCAACGCGCAGCUGCUCGCGCUCAUCACCAGCGGCCUGCGCAACCUGCUGUACGAGUUACUCUCGGACUGCGCGACGGGCGGCGUGGGCGGCAAGACGGUGGGCAGCCUGGUGUACUGGGUGACCGUCUGCACCAACGCCAGCAUGGAGUCGCUCCUGCUCGCGCACGGCUACCUGCCGCGCCCGGGCCUGCCGCGCGCCGACCAGGAGAUUGCCACACACAUCCUGUUCAUGGACAUGGCGGACGUCGUCAGGCUGGACUACGGCACGUGCGAGCGCUUCAAGAACGUCAAGUGCUUCCUCCAGGACGGCGCGGAGCGGGACCCCGGUCAGCCGGCCCCCCAGGGGGACGACGUCCCCUACCGAGCGCCGGACCCCUCUGUCAAGUAUUGCGAUCCCGGGGUGAUCCCCCCGAGUUUACCGAUGGCACAAAGUGAUGCGGCCGCUGUUUCUGACGAGGAUUCGGAGGUUUCAGAUGAGUCGUCUGAAGAGGUGAAGGGUUUAGACGGUGUUGCGGAGAGCGGGGCGGUAGACUUGGCGGGUGCUGACGUAGGGCCCCCGGCUGACGUUAGUGCUGACGAGGGACCGCUUGCGGGUGGUGACGGUGACGAGGCUCAGGUAGGAGAGGUUGUUUCCGAAAGCGAGGCGGAGACGGGGAACGAACAGGGCAAUGAUGCUGAACCACUUGAGGGCGCAUUUGAAGGAGGCGAAGAAGCCGGACAAGGAGUUGCGACGGGAGAAUCUGCAAAGGUGGCAGGGACUGACGACGGAGAUGGAGCGAAGGCGCAGGCGGCAGAGGCGGCUAGAUUUCAGACGCUUCUAAGUGGUUGGGAAGGGGUUGUCGAGGGCAGGGCAAGCGAGGAUGCAUUGAGUGCGGCGCAAAGUCCGGAGACUUUGACGCAGGCUUCUGAAUCUUCCGUGGCUGACCAAAUUCUUCCGGGAGCAGAGAGAGCAGCCUCCUUGCCGGCGGAGGCGGCUUCUGAAAAUCUGCAGGCGGGCGAUAUGGAUGCCCCGCAACUGAUACUCUCUGAAAGGGAACCCUCGGCAAGCCCGGGGCUCGAGACGCUCCCCGGGGAAAGGCCUUCGUCACCCACAAAAACGCCUUCGCUCAGCAGCGCCCCCGAAGCGGCUCCGGCACGACCAAUCCCCGCUGAUGUCACAGCUGAGUUACGUGCUGAGGAAAAAGAAGCAGCCACCGAAAGCCCCUCAUCUGAGGCGUUUGAAGCCCACCCCCCUCCGCUUUCCUCACCGCUUGAGGGCAGUUCCGGUGCUUACGAUCCGAUCGAAGCCGCCCGCCGUAACUGGGAGCUCUUCAAGCCCCCCGAGGUGAUUGACCUGCGGUCGUCCGUCAAAAGCGCGCAGGCUGCUGACGCCAGCCAAGCUAGUGACGUUACAGUUGCGAGCACCUCGGAGAUAGCCACGGCCGCAAAAGCUACCGAGGUGAUCGAAGCAGAUGCUAAAAACUUGGGAGUGGAGGACGGGCUUUUGUUCCCUGAGGAGUCUGUAAUGAUUGCUGCUGUUGUCCAAGCUCCGGACUUGGCUUCCCUCCAGCCGGGUGCUGACUCCACCCUGCCCGGAGACGGGGAGAUGGUCAAUGGUGAGCCAAUCCGAAGCGUCGAUUUUGAGGGGUCAGCAGAGUCUGAGGAGUCAGCAGGAGAAACGACCGAUGAAGAAAAGUCUUUGCGGGAGGCGUCAACCACUGACGAGGAGGGAGAGAGCGAGGGCGGGCCGCAAGGGGUAGGAGAAACGGAGCAGGACGCGUGGGAGCGGGACCUGAUGCACUGCCGCUGGCGCAUGUUCAACCAUGACGUCAUGGUGCUUGUGGCGGAGGCGGCAAAGGACGGGAACGCACUCUCUGUGGAGGGCCUGCUGGCGCGGUACGAAGCAGUCUUCGGACGCCCGAUGGACUCGGACCAGUACCGGACGCGCGACGGCGUCCGCACGACGCUGCGCAAGCGGCUGGCGGCGAUUCCGGACAUCCACGGCGUCAGUGAGGACGCGCUUCUGAUUAAGAAGCGAAAGCGGACGCUUGGGAAGCAGCACGGGCUGGCGUCCGGACUGAGGCAGGUGUUUUGGACGAUCCUCGCGGACGCAUACCCCCGUCGGCUCCCGUUCGACGAGCUGGCCGGCGAGACGCUUGCGCGACUGCCAGGGCACUCUGUGGAGUCCAUUCUGAAGCAGCACGCCUACACUGACGGGGGCCACGCUAUGAAGGGCCUGGUACUGGACAACUGUGACUUCAUCGUGAGACACCAGAACUCGUGCACGAUCUGCAUCGACGACCCCCCCCCUUUGCUCCGGGACGCCCGUCUGCUGGGCGUCCCCCCUGCGGAGUUGAAUUUGCCUUUGUUUCAAGAAUUGGAGCAGAAAGGGCUACGAGGCGAGGGGGAAGGGCCGCUGUACAGCUGGCUGGAGCAGUGUGAAUGGGCCCCCGAGUGGCUGGACCUGGUCGUGCGCUGGUUCAGCGAGGCCGAGAACGCGUCGAAAGUGGGCCCCGUGACGGACAGCGUGGCCACGUUCGAUGCGAAAAUGGAAGUGGGCGCUGCGGAGAACGGAACCCACGAGACGGACGGGGCCGUGAUCCAAGCUGAGAGAGUGGCGGAGUCGGAGGCGGAAAGCUUGGACGAGAAUGGGCGGAUAGAUGAGAUGGAAGAAGGUGAAGAGGAGUGGGGGGGAGGAAGUCUGACUGAGAUAAGGGAGUUCGCACCGCCCCUAGAAAGUGAGGAUGAUGAAUCAGAAGGGCAGAAGGGGGAUGAAGAAGUCGAGGAUGUAACCGGGGCGGCAUUUGUGGACAGCGCGCACGCUGCCAACGACUCUCAUGACGUCAUACCGGAUGAUGGCGCAGACAACGGACGGCUGGCGUUUCAAGCCGUUAGCGACGAGUCGGACUCGGGCUCCGAGGCCCUCUCUUUCCAAACCGUUGAUGAUGAUUUGGAGUCAGACGUCGAAAGUGACGACUACAACGGCGGCCCCAUAGAAGAACGGGGCGAGCACGCCGUUUUGAACGAGGGGUUUGGGGUGACGGGGGCGGGGUUUGGGGUUUCUGGCGAAGAUUCUGGAGGUUUUGAUGAGGGGUUUGGGGCUUCUGGCGAGGAUUACGGAAUUUCGGGCGACGGCUUUGGCGUUUCUGGUGAGGAGUUUGGCGUUUUCGGAGAGGACGCGGACUCGCUUGCGGCUGGGGGGGUGUCGUGGGAAAAAGUGGUGGCGCUUCAGGAGGCGGCGCAGGCGCGGCAUGAGAUGAUUCUGAUCCUGGGCUCGUUGCAGGGUGGGGCGCACCCGCGGGGGGUCAGCUACCCCAAGCUGAGGAAAAUAUACAGGGCCCGUACGGGCAAAGAGCUGCGGCUGGGUUUGGACGAGCUGCUGCGAGCGAAGCGGCUGAUCCAGCUCACGCACUAUGAGCGGACCGGCCUUCUGACGAUCCACAUGGACGACCACACCCGCCUCAGGCUCAGCGCCGCCAAGUCCGGCCUGCGCCAGGUCAUCUGGUGGAUCGCCCAGCAGGAGCACCCAAAGCCGAUCGUUUCCACCGACAUCGAGCACCAGUUUGCGCGCCUCUGCUCGCUCGACCUCGGCACGUGCCUCGAAUUGCACGGGCUGGGACCCCAGGCCAACAACCGUUUCCGGGGGUGGGCUGUUCUCGGCGCAAUCAAAGAGCUCAUUUGGUUCGCAGUCAUAAACAAGCCCCCCCCGGGGCAGUGGGUCCCCCCCCCCGUGCAUCUGUGGAAAGCGAGCCCCCCGCCCAUGAUGAAAGACCCGCAGCUGCUGGGGUUAAACCCUAACGAGAUGGAGUUCGAGAUCCUGAAACAGGUUAAGGAGGAUUCCGGGGUUAGCUGCUGGCGGCUAACCCACCCGACGAUCGGGGCGCGGAGCUGGAGGAAGGACUUCAAGAAGCUGGUUAAGAAGUGGAAGAAGGCGCGGCAGGCGGCGGGGGUGCUGGGGCUGGAAAGGGAGGGGGCGCCACGCGGCAGCCUGCGGGGGCGCCACGCGGUGCUCUACGAGAGCGAGGACGAUUCGGACGAAGAUGGGGCGUUUGGUAGGGCGUACGAGCUGGGGGGUCCGGAGGCCCACGUGGGCGGAAAUGGUUCCGAGUACGACGACGAAGAACUAGAGGAGGUAGAAGGUGAAGAGGAGAGCCGAGGCGGACCGAAAGCGCAGGCGUACGAUUCGGACGGGGAGGAAGAGACGGAGUAUGACGACGGCAGUGACGUGGACUCGUGGCGGACGGUGCGCGCGGACCGGGGGGCAAGCACGGACGAUGCGGAGUCGGACUUUGAAGAAGAGUUUGACGCCGGAGAGGAUACUGGAGCACGGGGCGCGCUUGGGUGGGGUCCGCUUGAGUACCAGAGCACGGCGGAAGAAGAGAUUGGGGAAGAAAGAGAGGAGGAGGGUGGAGAAGAGGAGAACGAAGGAGGGGAGAACGACGAAGAUGAAGAGGAGGAAGAACUAGAGAGUGAGGGGGGCAAUGAGGAACUUGAGGCAUCUGGGCAAGAGGGGGAACUAGAGCGGGAGGAAGGAGAGAUCAGCGACGGUGAGGAAGACGGAAGGAGGAGAGGAACGGGCACUGCUGUGGAGAGCCGAUGGGACUCUGACGAGGAGCGGAGCGACGGUGAAGAAGAUGACGUCAGUGAUGACGCCCGGGGGCUGCGGCCGGAGUGGGCGACGGCGGACAGCGACUCGGAGGCGGAUGAGGAGGUGCCACGUGGCGGGAUGUGGGCGUCAUCGGGAAGCGAUGCUGAAGAAGGGGACCGAGGUACAGUAUCGAAGUUGAGGGGGGGGAUUGGAGACGAGAGGGAGAUGGGCUGGGUCAGUGCGGAGAGGGAUAGUGACGUCAGCGAUGACGAAGGGGCCCCAGAGAGGGGGGGUUUGAGCGGAGGGGAAGGUCCAAGGGGCCGUGUCAGUAUGGAGUGGCUCAGUGACGAGAGUGAGUCGGAUGAGGAGUUGGAAGAUUUCGAAGAAGAGGGGGCGCGAAUGGGGCGCGCGGGAGAAGGGGAAGAGAGCGGGCAAUCGGGGUGGGCUGGUUUUAAAGGAUUGGAUGAAGAAAGCAGCGGAGAUGGUUUUGGGAGCAGUGGGAUCACUGAGCAGAAUGGGCGACCCGUAGAAGAAACAGCAGGCUCGUGGAUCGCCCCUCCAGGCGACGAGAUUGAACCAGAGUUCAGUGCUGCUAAGGAGGGUUCUGAUUCCGAGGGAGAAGAUGGAUGGGAUGCUGAGCUGGCGGUCCCUGGUUGGUCGGGUGCUGACGUCAUGGACGACGCGUCAGCCGUGUGGCUUCGCGGGGGAAGUGCCGACUCGGAAGAAGACGAGCCGUUCGAGGCGGGUUCACGGGUCAUGCGCAGUGAUGACGCGAGCGACCGCCCCGCUGAUGACGUCAGAAUAGGGGUCACUACGGAGCUUGGAAGCGAAGGCGAAGGAAGUGAUAGGGGCAGCGCGAGAGAGAGAGAAAGGAGAAUCGAGCUGAUCGGUGAGAAUGGGAGAUCGCGGGAAGCGCUGGUGCUGCAUUUGCAAGCGAACGACCGGGAGGACAAAAGGGGAACGCAAGCCGUUGUAGAAAACCUGGCAACACCCGUCCUUGUAAAGACGGGCUCGGAUUCAGAUGGCUGGGACGAAGAUUUCGUUGAGGAGCCGUUCGUGGACGCUUCGCAGAGUGGAAGGGGUUACGGAGGGGGAGCUGACUCGCACCCAUUGGACGAGCAAUCAUUGGUUGCCGCCAUUGCAGGUGGCGAGGAAGACGUGCUGCCUCAAGAGGACACGUGGCAUGCGUCUAGUGAGGGCAUGAGCAGCUCAACUGAGAAGACGUUGGCGGCCGAUGCUCCUCAAUCAGAUGCUACUAGAAAGACAGGGGAUCCGGCACUUGUUGAUGCCAGUACCAGUGCGAUUGGAGUAAUGGAGAGGGGAGUUCCAGCGGAUAAAUAUGAAAGCUUAGCAGAGUCUCCUCUGCUUAAGGAAUCGGUCAGGGAGGAGGACGAGCGUCCUUACACAGGGCCGAGUUUCUUCGAUGAGUGGCAGCAGCCGGCGGUCAAGGGAUAGAGCAAAAGCAGCAAACGCUGUUUAAAGUUCCUAGCGAGCGAACUGAGUAACAAUGAAACAUUGAUCAGUUGCGAGAAUAAGCACGCGACUUUCUCACUUUGUCGGCAAUCAUUGAAGGUCAAAGACGACGGUUUCUCAACCUGCGAGACAUUGAGUUGCAGUGCAUGGCUGGUACUUCUAACGACUCACGGUCUUCUGCCUCAACUAUGACGGUAGAUUUCAGGAUAAUUACACGAGCGUGAGUCACGGUAAAACGAUCCUUGUAGCUUUUGACUUUUGAUUGGACCGGAUCGAUCCCGCACCUGUGGCAUGCAUUGUCUGUACUAGGUAGUACUGUAUCCAUAUGCA